GAAUUUUGCAAUAUUGUUACAAAAAAUAUAUGGGUGCAUUAAAAUCGGGCAUGCAAAAAAUUUAAAUUUACCCUUUUGUGGAGGAAAAUGUAGAUGACUUGAAAAUAAUUUCGUAUAAGAUUUUUCGCUCGCUCUCCUGAUUAGACUACAAGAACUCAGGCGAGGUAUAUACCCCAUUUCAAUGUCCAGAAUGUUUAAAUAUUUCGCAUUCUAGUUUACUUGUCUCUGGAAUAAUUAGCCUUUUUAAUAGAUGUGCGAUUUAAUAGCUUUAUUACUGUAAGGCUUCAGGUUUUUUAGAGCUUAGGAAAGCAGCUAUAUGGAGUGGUUCCAAAGCACAGAGUAGGAAUUAAUGGACUCAUUCCCCGCAGCUUUUGGUACCCAUUUUGGGGUCCUUUUCCCAACUACGUUUUAAAAUUUAUCUUCCCUUUAAACACAAAUGUUGUACUGAAAAAAUAUGAAUGUAAUACCGAAAAUUAUCGCGUUGUUUACGCGCCCGAAAAUUCAGCAUUUUAAUAGCGUUACACUUAACCUCCCCCUUUUUAAAACAUACACAUGCCUUGCCGCAAGCGCUUCCGGUCAAGUUCAAGAACCCAAAAUCGAAACCUGCUCCAGUUUAGCGUAAAUUAUAGCUCGCGCGCACAAUGUGCGAUAAUAGCGCAUGAAUAAUAUUACAAGUGAAUGCAUUUUGUGUGCUUUCUUUCUUGUUUUUUUUGUUUUGCUUAACUUUCAGUCUCGCAACCCGCUGCGCCGAUACAUAUUACCCAUAUUACUGAAAACAAAGUAGCCAGCACAAUCGCCGUUUGCACAAUCGCACAGCAGCAUGCGCAGCGCUUCGAAGUGAGCUUUGCAAACCAGCCAACAAGGCAUCGAAAAAAUUCAAUUCCCAAAAAAUUUAUUUAAAGUGCUGCAAUUUCGCGCUGCCACUUUAGUGUUGCUGCUAUAGGCACGCGUUGAACAACGGUACCCACUGCGCUUUGUUACAUUACGUACUUGCUUUAACAGAAAAUUUCGUUUCAUUUCCCUUUCCGCCAACGCUAUGGAACGCUGGGUGGACAAAGUCGCUGUAGUUACAGGUGCCAGCUCUGGCAUCGGCUGGGCUGUCGCGCAGGACUUACUUAAGGCGGGCAUGAUUGUAAUUGGUUUUGCGCGUCGCCUGCAAAAAAUGGAGGAUCUCAAGGAGACGCUGGAUGUGUCCAUACGUGAAAAAUUUUAUCCGCGUUGCUGUGACUUGACUGUGCUGCCCUCGCUGAAGAGUAAUUUCCAUUGGAUCGAACAGCGAUUCCAUAGCUUGCAUGUGCUCGUCAACAAUGCUGGCAUGGUUCAGAUGACCAAAGUGCUGGAAGAGAGCAAUGAAUCGACGCUGAAGCAAGUGAUUGAUGUCAAUUUAAUGGGCACAGUGAAUUGCACAAAGCAAGCGUAUAGGCUGAUGCAGGCCACAAUGGCGAAGGGUGAAGCAUGUCAUAUAGUAACGGUAAGUAGUCUAUUGGGUCACACAGUGCCGUUACACAUACCCGAAUGUGGCUUGAAUUUAUAUCCGGUGACGAAGCAUGCGCUACACACCCUGCAUGAGGUUCUGCGGCGGGAGCUCUUUCCGCACAAACUGAUGCGAUUGUCGUCCAUUAGCCCCGGCCUGACACGUACUGACUUUGGCGGUGCUCCAUCUGAUGACGAGAAAAAGAAGUGGGAAGAAUUGAUUGAGCCAGAUGAAAUUUUGCUGCCCGAGGAUGUGGCGCGUGGCGUAAAUUUCAUACUCUCCUCACCGCCUCAUGUGACCAUAGCUGACUUACUGAUGGUACCAGCGCGCGAAAGGUACUAAAAAGCUGAACUAGGGUGUUCUAUCACGGAAUACGCGCACUUAUAUGUAUUAGUCUGAGUAAUGCUGAUAUUAGUCAACUAAAAAUAUUAAGAAUCAAAAACUUCUAAUUUAUAAGAAAAAUAUUUGUAAAUAAAUUUUAAAUGUACAC